AUGGCAUCGUCCGCCGUAGCGGAGCUGGAGGCUAGCCUGCAGGCUAUGCUGUCGCUGAAGCCUCCCGGAGUGUCGGGCUCUCGGAUCACGAAUAUCACGGCGCUAUGUGUUGCCAGCGUUCAGUACGAGUCCGUCCUCAUCCAGAAGCUCUUCACCCACUUCAAGAAAGCCCCGGGAACACACAAACUGGGAGUACUCUACGUCGUAGACUCUGUAACGAGGAAAUGGUUGGACCAGGCCAAAGCCCAAGGACAGACCCCGAGCCUCUCGGCGCCAGACGGGACAUUCGCUGCAGGCGUGCAUAGAGUAACAGAACUGAUUCCCAUCUUGAUGAACGACAUCAUCGCCACGGCACCAGAAGACCAAAAGGAGAAGAUAAAGAAGCUGGUCGAUAUCUGGGAGAAGGGCCAGACAUUCCCUGCUUCCAUGGUCAACUCGUUCAAGGAGAAGUUGAAUGGUCCGCGACCCACAAAUGAGUCGACAACACCGCCUGGCAGCCCUCCUCCCAACCUCUUAACCUCGCUGGGUCCCGCUAGCAAGCCAUCAUCAGCAACACCGGCAGACACCGCAAUCCCCAGUAUCUUGGACAAGCUUGCGAGUAUUGCCCGGCAGAAUGCGUCGUCUGCGCAGAUAAAUCCGAGCCUGGCAGCCCCUGCUCCGGCAUCUGCUCCGGCCACUGCACCCAUGUUCAGUGCAACAUCUGGUGGUCUGCCCAGCAGUGGCGCACUGCAUCCUGCUCCGGUGCCCACGCAAGGACAGCCAAGCAUGCCCUUCAUGCCUACGUCUCAGCCUGCUCAGCCUGUAAAUGUACCAGGACUGCCCUUUGCGUUCCCUCUGCCGGUGCCGCCGCCUGCACAGGCACCGCUCCCGGCGGCUCCGCUUGUUCCCGGUGCCGUCCCGCCACCGCCAAAUGGCGCAAGUAAUCCGGCUGCUGCGACGGUUCAGCUCGUUGCAGCCCUGGCGGCUCAGGGCAUUCCCAUUGACAAAAUUGCGAGCGUAGUCCAGAUGAUGGGUCAAACCGGCGGCAUCCCCCCGGCUGUUCCGCCGCCUAUGCCCCAGCCCACUCAGACCGGGUACGCAGCUGCUCCUCCACUAGGCGGUGCUGGCCCUGGUCCUGCGCCAUGGGACGCUCCCCGGCCUGAUGAUGCACGUGAUCGCCCUGGCUAUCAUGACGGCAAGAGGUCACCCAACAGGCCCCGUGGCCGAUCAAGAUCUCGGUCUCCGCCCCAUUGGGAUGCUAGGGGCUCGCGUGCGAAUGACCGUGGCUUCGAGUACGGUCGCCCUGGGUCGCCGGGCCGUGGUCGUCCGGAUGACAGGGACCGGCGCGGACACAUGCCUGAAUAUCGCCAGCGGUCCCCUCGCGGGCGGCGGAGUGACAGCCCAAGACGAGAGCCGGUUCAGAAAGAGAAAUGGGUCGAGUACGACAAUAGCCUGCCCAGCGGCACCAUCAAGGUGUAUAGCCGGACCCUUUUUGUAGGCGGUGUAACCUGCUCCGAAAACGAACUUCGCGAAAUUUUCAACCAGUUUGGUCAGGUCCAAACCUGCAUCGUCAACAAGGAUAAGCGGCAUGCCUUUGUGAAGAUGUACUACCGCAAGGACGCCGAGAGGGCCAAGACGGCCAUGGAGGAGAUGCGCAACCAAGACUUCCAGCUUCGGACCCGCUGGGGCGUAGGCUUCGGCCCGCGCGACUGCAGCGACUACCAAAGCGGCAUCAGCGUCAUCCCCAUCCACAAGCUCACCGAGGCAGACCGCAAGUGGAUGCUGACGGCUCCCUACGGCGGCUCCGGCGGCCGCCCCAUCGUCAGCGGCCUGUGCGUUGAGGAGCCAGACAUCGAGAUUGGCGCCGGCGUCUCGUCCAAGGCCAUCAGCCGCCGCAUGCAGACCGACAAGGGCGGCAACCACGGGCCGAAAUCCUCUAGGCGAGGCGACGACGAGUCUCCUCCUACUGUUGGUGGUGGUGGUGGUUAUGGUUAUGGACAUCCGGGCGGUAGUGGUGGUAGUGGCGGUCCCCCUCCUCCCGGUGGUCCACCGGGGGGAAGGUGGCGGCACAAGGGGGACAAGCAACAUCACCACGGCGGCGGGCGUGAUCAGCGAAGGGAUGAUCACCGCGCCGGCGGCGGCGCUGGCAGCGACGAGCCGAUCGUCAUGGACUUGCCUGCUGGUAUCACCCUGGGCCCGAACGGGAUUACUUACCCUCCCAACUUUUCGUUUGGCGCGGCCGCAUCGAAUCCCUAG